AUGGCGCGUACUAAACAGACUGCCCGUAAGUCCACCGGUGGUAAGGCACCACGCAAACAGUUGGCCACGAAAGCGGCACGCAAGAGCGCACCGGCUACAGGCGGUGUUAAAAAACCCCAUCGUUACAGGCCCGGCACCGUGGCUCUUCGUGAGAUUCGUCGUUACCAGAAGAGCACAGAACUCUUGAUCCGCAAGUUGCCGUUCCAACGUCUAGUACGUGAGAUCGCGCAAGAUUUCAAAACCGAUCUACGUUUCCAGAGUUCCGCCGUCAUGGCGCUCCAGGAGGCGAGCGAGGCCUAUCUGGUCGGUCUCUUCGAGGACACUAACCUGUGCGCCAUCCACGCUAAACGUGUGACCAUUAUGCCCAAGGAUAUUCAGCUGGCGCGCAGGAUUAGAGGAGAACGCGCUUAA